UUAAUGUGUGUGUGUGUGCGGGAGGAACAACUAAAUCUUUUUGAAAUAAAAUGAUGCCACCGCCGUUUAGCUGCCAUCAGUUGCCAGAGAAACGCUCAACGCUUCGUUCGCUACGGCACGGGAAAAACAAAUACAAUUACAAGCACACGAAUAUCUUUAUUGUUGUAAAAAACAAACAAGAGACAAGCGAAUCGCUUUCGAAAGCCUUUUCGAUGUAAACUUCUAGACGUUUGUCUCAGCGCAAACAAAACUGUGAUAACGUAAAUAGCACGCAAGGAAACGGACCAUAUAUAAACGUAACGUAACUGUGAUUUCAUUUGCAUACAAGUACAAAUCCCCCCACCACAUAAUAUACAAACAUACAUAUUUGUAUUGGAUUUAAGUUAAUAGCAGUGAUUACCAUGCAUCAGCAGCAGCAAGAAGAAGAACUGCAUCAGCAGUCAGAGUCAGAGGAUCAACUUGGCGACCCAAUGAUGUUUAGUAGCUUCGUUAGAAGAGACUUUAAUGAUAGCGGAGUUGCUGGAUGUGCUACUGAUGGCAAGCUCCGUACCAUCUCGACUUCGUCUUGCGCCACGAACAUGUCGACGGAGUCUUACCGCAUCUCUCUCGGCGUAGGGCCUCUGUGGUGGUCCGAUGUCCCUGUCCACCACAGAACAGAUCACGAUAGGGCAUCGCUCUUAACGGGCUACAGCCGGAAGUCUUCGGUCGACUCGGCUGGCGGCAGCUUGUUCGAGGCCAGCUCUCGGGCAUCGUCAUCCUCUUCUUCGUCGUCGGAAUGCUCCGACACGGAGUCGCACGACAUUCAUUCGUUGUGCUCGGAGGAUGACUGCCAGGAGGUGUUGCGCCAGAUCUUGCAGCAUGACCAACCGGUGCAUAUUUCCAUCAAAUUGCACGUCACCGAAGACCAGUCUACGAAUUGGAUGUCGAUUUUAAACCCGACCAACAACAUUUUAUAUGUCGCAUUUCCAACUGAUUUACCCCCGUCUGGCUCCAAGCAGACCUUCAUCUCGCUUUUGGAGUUCGCCGAGGAUAAAUUGGAGGUGGACGGCAUUGUAAUGGUUAUGCGCAAGGAUCAGCCUGAGUGCGGUCGUUUAAUUGAGGCAUUCCUUUUCAUGGGAUUCGAACCACUAUCGAGAAAGUCACCGAAGGCACCACCAGCUGCAAUCAACGAUAAUGAAAACUACUAUUUCCUGUACAACAUCGAGGAGUAGAAAAAGUGACAACGUUGACAAAAAUUGUAAAUCAAACGAUUUAAGAAGAAACUAACAAUCUAAAUCUGAUAAAUUUCUUGUUCAAAGUUAUCCAAAACAAUAAUCAAUUAAUUAAUCUGUAGUGUUUGCAGUAAUAAUACAUAAAAAUCCGUGUAGUAGAUCAUCACAAACUGACAUAUUGACCCCAAUGUGUUCAAUGAAAAAUCAAUUUUCAAAUUUUUUAAAAUCGUUUAAAGUUUUGUCAACGCAACUUUUUUCUUUUGUGUAGUCUUUCAAUCAAGGCCCACACUUAAAUACCAACUUUGCGUUAGCCACGUUAAGAGCAAGCAUCAACUUGUCGUAAAAUAUUAAACCACAGACAACCAACAAAAAAAAAAAAAACGAAAAAAAAAAAUAUAAAAAGUACGAAAAUGUAAAAAAAAAAAAAUAAUAUAUAUUAGUCUUAAGUUUAUUUGUGAAAUAUUUCAAUACUUAUUAUUUAUGUUUUAUAUAUUUUUGUCAAAUGUAUUCAUUUCUAUGUAUUCUAAACGAAAUAUGUUAUUUUGAUUAUUAUCCUUAUACUUUUCUUGAAUCAAUAAUUUCUUAAAUCCCACACAUGUAUUUCGUCUAAGCGAAUACUUUAUCCAUAUAAAUAUAUAUAUUCAAUUUUGUAUACUUAUGAACGAUAAAAAUGAAGAAAAGAAGCAUUCGAAAGUUAAAACAAACAUAUUUAUAUAAUGAACUAAUACCUUUAAAAAGCAAACACACAUAUAUAGAGAGACAUUUAUGAGAACUAACCAAUAAAUUUCAAAACAAUAGAUUUAACACGGAUCUACACACACCAACAAAGCAAUCGAAAGUUAACGUUUUAUUUCCAUUUAUAUGAUUUUUUCAAGAAUACGCAAUAAAAUUAUCAAUCCAGUAAAAA